AUCGUUACAGUACUGUGACAGACGUAUCGGUAUCUACUAUCGUGAAAUCGCACUUUUGUUCGAUCUUUGAUAAACAACACGCAGUGGAAGUAGUAUCAGCCCCCUUUUUGGUGAAUGAUUUCACCGCGUGGAAAAAUAUUUAUUCAUUACACUGCAGCAUCGUUGACAUAACACAAUUAUUUGAUUCAUGCAUACGAAAACAUAAUUGUUAAAUUAUGUCUCUUUUUGAUUGGAAGUCUGAAGAUCUUGAAGCAUGGAUACAGUCCAUAAAGAAAGGAAUGAAAAUGCGACCAAUAAAGGGUUGAAUAAGACGAAUACUCUCGAAGAGUUCUACGCCGGUAGUGGGAUUCUUUUGACUGGGGCAACCGGAUUCGUUGGAAAAGGUCUCCUGGAAAAGCUGCUCCGCAUGUGUCCGCGCAUCACCGCCAUUUUUAUACUACUUCGUCCAAAAACGGACGAAACCAUAGAACAACGAUUUAAGAAGCUCAUAGAUGAUCCAAUUUUCGACGACAUCAAAUCAAAACACCCCUCAGCUUUGAGCAGAGUUUAUCCCAUGAAAGGUGACGUUAAUCUGCCAGAUUUAGGUCUUUCGCGAGAAGAUAGAAAUCUGUUGGUAGAGAAAGUAAACAUAGUGUUUCACGCCGCGGCGACUGUGAGAUUCAACGAACCGUUACACGUGGCUGUUAAUGUGAAUACAAAAGGUACUGCUCGUGUCAUCGACCUUUGGAAUGAACUAAAGCAUCCAAUUAGCUUCGUCCACGUUAGCACAGCUUUUAGUAAUGCGAAUCUACAUGAGAUUGGGGAGAAAAUUUAUACCACGAGCUUGAAACCUUCGGAAGUAAUAGAUAUGUGUGACAAAUUCGACAAAACGUCGAUCAACGAAAUAGAAAAAAAGAUUUUAAAAACUUAUCCAAACACAUACACAUUCAGUAAGAAUUUAGCAGAGCAAAUUGUAGCAAGCAAAUGCAAAGAUAUGCCAGUUGCGAUAGUUCGGCCAAGCAUAAUUGGUGCCUCUUUGGAAGAACCAUGUCCUGGUUGGAUAGAAAAUAUUUCUGCAUUAACAGGUAUGGCUCUGCUAGUCAGUAAAGGAUGUGUAACAGUGAUAUUGGGUAGCAAAGAUGCAAGAUUGGAUGUAGUGCCUGUCGAUUUCGUAGUCGACGCAAUAAUAUGUACUGCAUGGCAUAUUACGCUACAUCGUGAUCGUGAAGUUAAAGUUUACAACUGCACCAGCAACGCAUAUCCUUUUAAGUUUGGUCCGAUGCUGGAUGUUAUGGUAAAAUGUAGCAUAGAAACCCCACUGAACGAUACGCUAUGGUACCCAAGUUGUUCAAUCGUAGCUAAUAGAUAUAUUUACAACAUUCUGAGUGUAAUUCCGCGUGCUUUGCCUGCGGUCGUCAUAGAUAUCUUUUUAAGACUUCGAGGUAGUAAACCAAUAAUGAUGAAACUUUUCAAAAGUGGCAAUAAGCUUAUCUCAUCGUUAGCAUUUUUCACCAAACGCGAUUGGACUUUCCAAAGGGAUAACUGUUCCGACUUGGCGAGCAAGGUGAAAAUGCUACACGACAGCGAUAUGGUCAAACUAGAUUUACGAGAUAUGAAUUGGGAGAAGUAUGUUGCAAUUUACCUGAUGGGAGUUAGGAAAUUUAUUCUAAAACAAGAGUUUCAGCCAACAGCCCGACAACGAUUAUCAAGGUUGUACUGGAUAGAUCAAAUUUUGAAAAUGUUCGGUAUAAUGAUCGUACUAUGGAUAAUAUACCGUAUCGUGUACUGACUAUUUGAACCUUAUUUUUUCUGUUUAAACCAAAUACAAUAUAAAUAGAAUUUUAUGAGAAGGGAA